GUUGUCUGUCCAUUUGAUUGCGUUCAUAGGAUUUCGUUUCGUUCUCGUCCACUCCAAUCUCCACUACAUAACUGGUCGACGUCGUCGGCGAAAAAGAGCGGUACAACGGUGGACCACGUUUCCAAAAUCAGUCGCGGCCCUCUCAUUUCGAGACAUUCACAUUUGCCACUUACUUGCAAGUUGGAAUUGGGCAGACGGUGUGAGUGAUUUUGCGAGCAAAGGUGGAAUAUCAGUGACAGAUCGAAGUUUCAGAAAAGCAAACUGAAGGUUUGUGGAGAGACAUUCAGUCCCAUACGCGAUACGGAUGUCGUCGGCGAUAGUAGUGUGAACGCGUAAGACGACCAAGUUCCACGGUGGGAACUAUUUCGAGAAAAGUUUUCUUGUAGAAAGAGUGAAUUUAUAUUGUUCGUUUUAUAGUUAAACAAGUCUGUAGAUAAUUGAAUACAAUGGGAAUUAAAUUCCUGGAGGUGAUAAAGCCUUUCUGCAGUAUACUGCCAGAAAUUGCGAAACCCGAACGAAAGAUUCAAUUCAGGGAAAAGGUGCUAUGGACCGCAAUAACACUAUUCAUUUUCCUCGUUUGCUGUCAAAUCCCGCUAUUCGGUAUUAUGAGUUCGGAUUCAGCUGAUCCUUUCUACUGGAUACGUGUUAUUCUCGCCUCAAAUCGUGGUACACUUAUGGAAUUGGGUAUCUCACCAAUCGUAACAUCAGGAUUGAUCAUGCAACUGUUGGCCGGUGCAAAAAUCAUUGAAGUCGGUGACACGCCAAAAGAUCGUGCCCUAUUCAACGGUGCACAAAAACUCUUCGGUAUGGUCAUUACAAUUGGUCAAGCCAUUGUCUACGUAAUGACUGGAAUGUAUGGAGAUCCGGCUGAAAUUGGAGCUGGUGUUUGCCUUUUGAUUAUUAUCCAAUUGUUUGCGGCUGGUUUGAUUGUGCUGUUGUUGGAUGAAUUGCUACAGAAAGGAUAUGGUCUUGGAUCUGGUAUUUCACUGUUUAUUGCUACAAACAUCUGUGAGACAAUUGUGUGGAAGGCAUUCUCGCCAGCUACCGUGAACACUGGCAGAGGAACUGAAUUCGAAGGUGCUGUAAUUGCCUUGUUCCAUUUGAUGGCAACACGUACCGAUAAGGUCCGAGCAUUGCGUGAAGCUUUCUACAGACAAAACUUACCAAACUUGAUGAACUUGUUGGCAACUAUUCUUGUUUUCGCUAUUGUUAUAUACUUCCAAGGUUUCCGUGUAGAUCUUCCUAUCAAAUCUGCCCGUUAUCGUGGACAAUACAGCAGUUAUCCAAUCAAAUUGUUCUACACAUCAAACAUUCCAAUUAUCCUGCAAUCAGCGUUAGUCUCCAAUUUGUACGUUAUUUCUCAAAUGUUGGCGGUCAAGUUCCACGGAAACGUUUUUAUCAAUCUACUCGGUGUUUGGGCUGAUGUUGGAGGCGGCGGCCCAGCGCGUUCAUACCCAAUUGGAGGUCUUUGUUACUACCUGUCACCGCCAGAAAGUGUUGGACACAUUUUGACUGAUCCAAUUCAUGCCGUUUUGUAUAUUAUUUUCAUGUUGGGAUCAUGUGCUUUCUUCUCAAAGACAUGGAUUGAUGUUUCAGGCAGCUCAGCGAAGGAUGUCGCCAAACAACUCAAGGAACAACACAUGGUCAUGCGAGGACAUCGUGAAAAUUCAAUGAUCCACGAAUUGAACCGAUACAUCCCAACAGCAGCUGCCUUCGGUGGCUUGUGUAUCGGUGCGCUAUCCGUAUUAGCUGAUUUCUUAGGAGCUAUCGGCUCAGGAACUGGUAUCCUGUUGGCCGUCACCAUCAUCUAUCAAUACUUUGAAAUCUUUGUGAAAGAACAAUCAGAAAUGGGUGGCAUGAGCACGUUAUUGUUCUAAGAGCUCAGUGCGCAUGGGGAGAGAGAGACAGAAAAAAAGUUAAAAACCAACAAAAACAAUGCAAAAGAUAGAAAAGAGAUGAAAAAAAUGAAAACCCAA